UUGAUUGAUUCAGGAGCAGAAGGGCUUCUCAUUGACAAGCAAUUCUGUUUGGACAAAAACAUACCGAUGCAAAAAAUUGACAAACCUAUCCCUGUGUUCAACGUGGAUGGAACAGCCAAUGAGGGAGGAAAGAUCACCAACAAAGCCUGCCUGCUUAUGAGAAUGGCAAAUGAAGAAGGAGAUUAUCACAACGAACGAUGCAAAUUGUUAGCCGCUAACCUAGGAGGAGAAAACAUAAUCCUAGGAACAGAUUGGCUACACAAGCAUAACCCACAGAUCAAUUGGGUAAAGAACAAUCUCACAUUCUCA